AUGUGGAAGGGAAACAUCACUGAUAUUAGUGAAUUCAUCCUGGUGGGAUUCCCUACUGCCCCUUGGCUGCAGAUUUUGCUCUUCUUCCUUUUCCUCCUCACUUACCUCUUUGUACUGUUGGAGAAUUUGAUCAUCAUUCUCACUGUAUGGGUCACUGGGUCUCUGCACAAGCCCAUGUACUAUUUUCUGGGCACCAUGUCCUUUCUGGAGGCCUGGUAUAUAUCUGUCACAGUCCCCAAGAUGCUGGUUGGAUUCCUACUUCACCCCAAUACCAUCUCCUUCUUGGGAUGUAUGACUCAGCUCUAUUUCUUCAUCUCACUUGCCUGCACUGAAUGUGUGCUUUUGGCUGCCAUGGCCUAUGACCGUUACGUGGCCAUUUGUUGGCCUCUUCGCUAUCCAGUCAUGAUGACCACAGAGUUUUGUGUUCAACUGACCAUUAGUUCCUGGGUGAGUGGCUUCACCAUCUCCAUGGCAAAGGUGUACUUUAUCUCCCGAGUUGCAUUCUGUGGCAAUAAUAUCUUGAACCACUUUUUCUGUGAUGUGUCGCCUAUCCUCAAACUAGCCUGCAUGGACUUAUCUAUGGCUGAGAGGGUAGACUUUGUGCUAGCCAUCAUCAUCCUUGUGUUUCCUCUCUCCGCUACUGUCCUUUCUUAUGCCUUCAUUGUCUCUUCUGUCCUGCACAUACCCUCGGCCACGGGGCAGCGGAAGGCCUUCUCCACCUGUGCAUCUCACCUUACAGUGGUGGUCAUCUUCUACACCGCAGUGAUCUUCAUGUAUGUCCGACCUCGGGCCAUUGCUUCAUUCAACUCUAACAAAUUGAUCUCAGCUAUAUACGCAGUCUUCACCCCCAUGUUUAACCCUAUCAUCUACUGCCUGAGGAACAAGGAGGUCAAGGAUGCCAUCAGAAAAACCAUCACAAGUGGCUGA